CGGGCCGGGUAUAGAGCACCGGCGCUGGCUCGCUGCUUCUUCCACGCCGCAGCUGACUGUCUCCACUUCACGCGCGGACGUCCACCUCACCGGACACUCGGCCGCGCGACAAUUUUGGAUGGCGACAUCAAUCAUGGCCUCGGGCGACGUGGGCGGAGAGGCCGGCAAAGGCAUGGCGCCAGAGGAGGCGCGAGCGCUCUACGAUGACUGGGGCGAUGGAUACACGACCUCGGUCGAGUCUUGGGGCUACACGAUGCCGCACGAGAUUGCUGCGGCGCUGGCGAGCCUCGCAGACGACGCUCCUUCGUUCUCUGGCAAAAUCCUCGACGCGGGCGCCGGCGACGGCCUCUCUGGGCGCGAGCUCCGCGCGGCAGGCUUCAAGAAUGCGGACAUCACCGGCGCAGACCUGUCCCCGAAGCUGCUCGAAAUCGCAGCGAGCCGCUCGGUCUACGACCAGCUCAAGCAGCUCGACCUAUCGCAGCGCCUGCCGUUCGAGUGCGAGAGCUUUGACAUGGUGAGCUGCGUCGGCACACUCACCUACCUAGCGCCGUCGUCGGGCGUCCUCGCUGAGUUUGUGCGCGUGACAAAGCCGGGCGGCCACAUCUGCUACAACAUUCGCACCGACCACAAGCUGGCGUGGCUCGAGACGGAGAAGGCGAUGGUCGCGAAUGGCUCCUGGCAGCUGCUCACAGAGACGGAGCCGCGGCCAUACCUGCCGAACAAUCCCGACUACGCCGACAAGGUCCUGACCGUGAUCUCUUGCUAUAGGAAGACCGUGUGAGGGGAGGCUCUGGAGCUGCGUGGCGGCAGGCCCCUUCCCUCUUUUGUACACCUGUGAGCGGUAAAGGGUGUGGAUGC